GGAAAUUGGAGUAAAUAUGUAUUUUCGAUUAUGCUGUUUUAGUUUACAUAGAUGUUAACAUUUUUAAAUGGAGGAUUCAUUCUAUAAAAAAUGGAAAACAAUUUACCAUUCUUCAGUUUACCAUUUGUAGAUUCGCAGCCUUCGGAGUUAGAUUAUGGUAAAUCAAAAGAAGAAGGCCUACUGGCUAAUUUACACACGACUCUAGUAUCUCAAGGUUCGUUGCUAAGCGAAGAAGAUGUUUUGGCCCAGUUCCUAUCUUUGGAUGAACCAUUGGAAGAGCCAGAUCUGAAUGGUCCUGCGACGUUAUGCUGUGAAAUAUGUAAACGAAAAUUCGACAAUGCCAAAAAGUAUUAUGGACAUUUGCGAGUACAUUCCAAAAGCAAUACUUGGUUGUGUGAGCAAUGUCCUAAUGCGAAAUUUACGACAAAGCAACAGUUGAUGAGACACAGUCUCAUUCAUAAGCCACUGGAGAGGGUAUGGAGAUGUCCUCAAUGUCCACUGGCAUUCGAAGCACUGUGGAGACUACAACAACAUCUUUUUGCAAAGCAUCUGGAUUAUAAACCGCACAAGUGUGAUCAAUGUACAAAGACAUUUGACAAAAAAUCAGAUCUUAAGAAGCAUAUUAGUGUGCAUACAGGGGAAAAGAAACACGAGUGUCCCGUUUGCAAGGCCAAGUUUAAUGAUAAGUCCAAUUUCAACAGACAUACGCUUCUGCAUACAAAUACACAACCAUUUUGCUGCCCUGGGUGCGGUAGUAGGUUCAGACAGUUGGCAUCAAUGAAACGUCAUUAUCAAAAUUGUAAAAAAUGCAAGGGGUUGAAUGAACUCGGUGAUAAAACUGUCAGAAAGAACUACUGCAGGAUCUGUGGAAUGUCAUUCCAAUACAGAAGCGCUUUGUUAGAGCAUUGUGUUCGCGAACACCCAGAUGGAAAGAAGUCAAAAAAGAACAUAGAUGGCUUAAAGUUAAAAAAAGAGCCCGGGAAAUUUAAUAAAGAAAACGAGAAAGACGCUUCCAAUAUGGUACACCCGAAGCCGGUCAGCAGACCAGAGGAUAAUAUCAUGGACGAUAUACUCUCCGCGGAAGACGACUACGUCACUCUCACAACGCCCGAUGAAAUCAUCAAUAUCUUCAAUCCGCCAACCGACGUGAACAAUACAGACGACAUGACCCAACUAGAAGAAAUAGACGACGAACUGCUGUACAAUAACAUCGACUUUGAUAAUUUUAAAGCCGGCCACAUGUUUAAUUUGAACACGAACGACAUGGACUACAAUGUCGACACUAUGCCUAAUGGCGAGAUAUUAUUCGAUUUCGUCGACGGUAAAAGUAUCGAUAAUUUGCCUGAAGAGUUACUAAAAGCUGCCGAAGAGUUACCGGAUAAACCUGAAGAAAUGUUCGGGGCCAAUGAGAACGAAUGUUCGAUUAUAUUCGAGAGUGAUGUAGAUCUCGAAGCCAGUAAGACUCUAGCGGCCAAUCUAAAUCAACUCAUAGGAGAGAACAACGUUCAGUACAUAUCCACUGAAGACGACGACACCUUCGUCAUAAGCUUGAGCAGCGAAAUCAACGCCGAAUUGACUGAAAUGCUGAACAACAUUGGUGUGGGAAUGAACAGCGAAACUGUAAACUCGAAAGCUGACGAAACUGCGGAAGCGGUCAGCAACAUACCCGCUAUGGAGUCCAUGGUCAGCGAACCGAUAGUGGUGGAAAUCAAACAGAAGCCGACGGCCGUCACCGCUCAGUCGCUCUCAUUGACACAGAAUAAAAUGCCCAAUUCAGAAACGAAACACGGUGAAUUGAAAAUAAAAGGUAUUAAAGGGAGGAAACUGUUUAUAUUCGCCUGCAGAAUUUGUAAUAAAGUGUUUAACAAAAAGGACAAUUAUACAUCGCACAUGGCCAUCCACGAGCCGGAGCUGUGUCGGCACGUGUGCGCGGUGUGUGGCCAAAGGUUCGGGUACCGGUCCACGCUAAACAAGCACAUGCGCGCCGCACACGAGCCGCGCACGCACACCGCGCACUGCUGCCACUACUGCGACCGGACCUACACCGCCGCCUGGAUGUUAAAAGACCACGUAAAAUCUAAACACCAGGGUGUGAUGCCCCACGCCUGCGACGUUAAGGGGUGCGGCAAGAAAUUCUAUAAAAAGAGCGAUUUGGUUGUUCAUAAAAGGUACCACACCGGCGAGAGACCGUUCUCUUGUGGCAUCUGCAUGCGUUCGUUUCCCAUAGUGUCGCAUCUCAAACGUCACAUUCGUUCUGUAGACUGUACAAAAUCCUUAGAGAGAAAAGCGGAAAUUCAUCCCUAGAGAUCAACAACUAGCCACCUCAAAACAUUAUUUAUUGUAGGUAUUGAAUCAAUUUAUAAAACGUACUCGC